AUGGAUGACGACAAGAAGACCGCAACGGUCAGCGCAGAUGCUGUGCCUGACAUAGCAGUUGGACAUCAAGAACCACAGAAUGUGUCUUUCUGGACGAAGUUGGUUAGCCACAUUUGGGACUCAGACCAGCAUUUGAAGAGCCCGGAGGAACGAGCCCUUGUAAGAAAGCUGGACUUUGGCAUCCUGAUAUGUGCCACACUGGGCUGGGUGUUCACGAAAGACCAACGAGGAACCAAUGGCAAGCUCCCGCUCACCACAAUAUCUGCAGAUAUUGAUCAGGGUAACCUCGCGAAUGCUUACGUGAGCGGAAUGAAAGAAGACCUCAACAUCCAAGGAAACGAGUACACCUACAUGCAAAUGUGCUACACCAUCUCGUUUGCGAUCAUGCAGAUACCAGCGAACAUAAUCGCCCUGAAGGUCCGCCCUCGCAUCUGCAUUGUCAUCUGCGAGCUGGGCUGGACAGUCUUCACGUUCGCUCAAGCUGGAGCAACGAGCUCUUCUCAAAUGUAUGCUUUUCGGUUUCUGGUAGGACUUUUCGAGUCCGGCUUCUCCCCGAUCAUCAUCUUCUUGCUUGGGUCAUGGUACACGAAGACCGAGCUCGCCAAACGAGUUGCCAUCUGGCACGUAACGGGCUUCUUUGGGCAGGCUACAAGUGGUUUCCUACAGGCUGGCAUAUAUGCUUCACUGGACGGACACCUUGGCUUGCCCGGUUGGAGGUGGCUUUAUAUCAUUUGCGGCUGCAUGUCGUUACCAGUCGCCAUAUCAGUGUGGUUCUUGCUUCCAGACUAUCCCCACAACACCAAAGCAUGGUACAUCACAGAAGACGACAGACGGCUCGCGAUGCACCGUGCGGCAAAGCAAAACAAAUCUGAGAUCACCGGUGUCCUGGAUCUUAACCUGGUCAAGCGAAUGUUUGGUAGCUGGCGUUGGUGGGUUCUGUGCCUGAUGUACAUCUUUUAUGGCAACUCAUGCCAGUCCAACCAGUAUUUCUCAAUCUAUCUCAAGCGCCGGGUACAGCGUGUCACAACGCAACGUUAUACCAGCUUCGCCAACCUAGUCACAAUGGUCAGUGACUUUGGCUGGGGCUUCGGCUCAGGCAUGACCGGGAAUCGAGUCUGGUGGAUCAUUGGUCCGCUCCUCAUCACGACCCUGCCUGGUGCUUCGAUACUUACCGCUUGGCCCGGUGAGGAUGCGGCUCGAGUCGCUGCGUUCUUCCUGGUGGCGUGCGGCUAUGUCACCGCCGUGACAUGGAGGUGGGCGAACGAAGUCAACUCUGGAAACGCCGAAGAGCGUGCUUUGACCAUCUCCAGUAUGAACGGGCUGUUCUACGCUACUAACUCCUUCCUGCCGAUCUUGAUCUUCCCACAGACUACGGGGCCCAGAUUCCCUCGAGGAUUUCCAUCAAUCAUUGCGUUCACGGUAGCAGCUAUCGCGUUGACGUUGCUCGCCGACUUCCUCCAUAAACGGCAGCUGAGACAAGAAGCAGCAGCCUCUACAGCUUCUGAGUUACAGGAGAGUGAUCCUCAAGAUGCUGUUGCUAUGGACACAGAUUUGGACAAGGGCAAGGCUGGGGACGCAAGUCGACUCUCGACAUCCUCGAUCGUUUGA